UCUCUACUCUCUCUCUCUCUCUAUAACUUCUCUCGCCGGCGCCGGUGCCGGUGUUUGUUUUGAGUUCGCCGGAGGAAAUCAUUUACCUCAUACUAUUCCGGUCUGUACUAUCGUUUGUUCAAUCGCCGUGUACGGAUGAAUCCUACAGCAGUCUAGACAUCUCCGAUUCAAGUACUGACAGGAUUUCCAUAUAUGAUCUGAGAAUCGAAAUUCUUAAUGCUAAGGAAAUAUUGAAGGUUUAAAGAUUACACAGAUAGUUAAGAGACAAUGUUGGCAGGUCCAAACCUUUCUGGAAUGAUAGAUUUGAACAAUAACCAUGAUACUUACGGAAUUCCUCAAAGCUUUUACCAUAAACUUGGAAUUGGUGAGGGAUCAAACAUGUCCAUAGACAGUUUCGGGAGUUUGCAGUUGAGUGAUAGUGGUGGCUCUGUUGCGAUGUCACUUGACAGCAGCAUUGCAUCGAAUGGUUCCAAUGCUCGAAUGCUAGACCACCAAGGAUUGAAGCGUGUUAAGAAUUACACCUCCAAUCAAAGUGUUAACAGGGGUAAAGUAUCACACGGUUUGAGUGACGAUGCACUAGCCCAAGCUUUAUUGGAUCCUCGUUUCCAAACGGAAGGGCUUGAGAAUUUCGAGGAAUGGACAAUUGAUUUGAGGAAGUUGAACAUGGGGCCAGCUUUUGCGCAAGGAGCUUUUGGGAAAUUGUAUAAAGGGAGUUAUGAUGGGGAAGAUGUUGCUAUUAAGCUUUUGGAGAAGCCGGAGAAUAAUUUAGAGAAGGCGCAGUUGAUGGAACAACAGUUUCAGCAAGAGGUGAUGAUGCUGGCCACUUUAAAGCACCCGAACAUUGUUAGAUUUAUUGGUGCUUGUCGUAAGCCUAUGGUAUGGUGUAUUAUUACUGAAUAUGCGAAAGGGGGUUCGGUUAGACAGUUUUUGAUGAAACGACAGAAUAGAUCUGUGCCAUUGAAAUUGGCGGUUAAGCAGGCUUUGGAUGUUGCUAGAGGAAUGGCUUAUGUUCAUGGACUUGGAUUGAUUCAUAGAGAUUUGAAAUCUGACAAUCUUUUGAUUUCUGCUGAUAAGUCUAUUAAGAUUGCAGAUUUUGGUGUUGCUAGAAUUGAGGUGCAAUCUGAAGGGAUGACGCCUGAAACCGGAACAUAUCGCUGGAUGGCCCCAGAGAUGAUUCAGCACAGGCCCUACACUCAGAAAGUAGACAUCUACAGUUUCGGAAUUGUUCUAUGGGAACUAAUAACCGGAAUGCUACCAUUCCAGAACAUGACCGCAGUUCAAGCAGCAUUUGCAGUCGUAAACAAAGGAGUACGCCCCACAAUUCCAAACGAGUGCCUUCCAGUCCUAACCGACAUCAUGACACGUUGUUGGGAUGCCAAUUCCGAUGCCAGACCACCCUUUACAGAGGUAGUCACAAUGCUUGAAAAUGCUCAAACCGAAAUUUUAACAACUGUUCGCAAAGCCCGUUUCAGAUGCUGCAUCAGCCAACCCAUGACUUUCGAUUGAAGAAACAUUUAUAACUGUAUUUGUUUGUGUUUAAAAGCCUUGUUUAUUUAAACAACUUAUGAUUCCCUAUUUGAUGUGUAAUUACAAAUGCUAUCUUUUAUAUCUCACACGUCUUUUGUUUAUUUA